AUGCAGCCCGUUUCCUUCCGACCUGUUGGCUGGUUCGUCCAGUUGGCAGCGGCCUACAUCCAGUUUGACGAAGAGCAUAGUCAAGCACUUUGGGAGGCGACCCACUGCUUGUGGACCUCCAAAGACCAAGCGCGCGCAAAUUCUAUCCUCGCGUCCUACUACAACGCGCGGAAGAAGCGUCGGAGUCGGGCGACUCGAGCGUGGCGGGAGGUGGUCGACCUUAUCUUCAUUGGGAUGAGCAAGGGCCACUGCGAUCUCGACAUUUUCCUGGACCCCUUCUUCCGUCAUCUUCCUCGAACCCGCCGUGUGGUUUAUUGGUCCCCAGGUCGUGAAGAAGGGUCGGACCCGGUCGACCUGCUUGAGGCCCUUCGGGUGUCGGAUUCCGCGUGGCCUUGGCUCACCCAGUAUCGGUUGUCUUCUGUGCCCCAUCCUGGCGCGCUAGUUCCACGCCUCAAAGGCAAGUUUGGGCCAUCCGCUUAG